GGCUACUGAUCUCUGAGUUCGGUGGCGAGGGACGCGGGCAUGGAUGCCGGCGAUGGGAACGAGUCCGGGAGCCGCGCGACUACUCCGGAGAUGGCAGUCAUCAUCGGGGUCGGGGAGGACGAGAUCCGCGGGCUUGUGCGCAGGGCCGACGGCGGGCCUGCCGAGUCCGCUCAUAGGCCCACAGGAGAAAUGAGCCCACAAGCUCCCGGCCGAACUGAAAGGGUUGAUUGUCAUCCCCCGGACAGCACACCAUGUCCUAACAGGAUCGGGGCCCUCGAGAAAUCCAUCAAAUCUUAUGCAGAGAACAGAGGAGAUCAUGUUCUCAACCCAGCGUUGGGUACAACUUUUGAUUCUCUUGGCGAGGCAUAUUACUUCUACAAUCUGUAUUCGUGGGAACAUGGAUUUGGCAUCAAGUACGGCAAGAGUCGGCUUAGUGCAAAGAGGACCAAGACCAUGCAGGAAAUUGUUUGUGGGUGUUCGGGGGAACCAGGUGCCGAAAACACAAGUUCAUGACGGUGUGGAUGUCCUGCGAUGAUCCGUUUGCUGCGUACAGAUAACAACGGCUGGUAUAUCAAAGAGCACAGGAUGACACACAACCACUCUUUGACUCCAAGGUGCAGACAGAAGGUACUCUGGCCAUCCCACAAACAUAUAGAUCUGUACACAAAGGACUUGAUACGUCAGCUGAGGGAGGACAACACGAACAUUGGCAAAGUCAAUGGCAUUAUAGGAAGUCUCUCUGGAACCAUGGAAAUGUGUUAUCUACUAAUUGUAUGUUUAGGAACCUGUGUAGUCAAAUUGGCAUAGAUCGAGCAGAUGAUGAAGUUAGGAAGACAAUUGAAGUCUUCGCGGACAUAGGAGCAAAGAAUCCGGAGUUCAUGUUCGGGGUACAAGAAGAUGCCGAGAAUCGGAUAAAGAACCUCAUGUGGACCAACAGGGGGAACCAAAUGCAGUACAAGUACUUCGGAGAUG